AUGUCUACCCCUCAAUUCUGGUCCACUCCCCUGCGGUACAUCCGCUGGGCCUCUCACGAGAAGCCUGCGAUCCUCUACUCCCUCCUGAUCGGCUCCAUGGGGCCCGUCGCGCUCGUCACUCUUCCCCCGCUCCGCCGGGCUCUUGGUGACGUUGACCCGGAGCCUAUCCCCAUGACAUACCCCAUCCCGAAGGGUCCGCGCGUGGUUCCCCAGGGCUACGAGGAUUAA